AUGUCCUCUUCCAGUAGACUCGGCUUCACAGUCAGAAGAAUUUUGGAUUUACCAGAAUAUGAUGGCAAUGUAAUCCCAGCUGACCCAUCUUUAAGUUUCAAAAGGAGCUCUCCUUACCCAGACUGGAUGGAGAAUGAGAGGAACCAUUACUUAUCUUCUGAUGAGAGUGGUUCAGAGACAACUCUGGCAGACACCAUGCAGAGGUCUGAAAAUACAUCUCACAGCCAUGAAUCAGAGGAGAAGAAGAAGAAAAGGAGAGUCCUCUUCUCCAAAACCCAAACCCUAGAACUGGAGAGAAGAUUUCGUCAACAGAGAUAUCUUUCAGCCCCUGAAAGGGAUCAACUUGCACAUAUUCUACAACUCACCCCAACCCAGGUGAAGAUAUGGUUCCAGAACCACAGAUAUAAGAUGAAGAGAGCUAAACCGGAGGUGAGCAGCUCUCCUCCACCUCUACUGAAGCAUGUUGUGGUCCCAGUACUGGUCAGAGAUGGGAAGCCUUGUCAUACUUGUUCUCCUAUCAGCUCUACAGACAAGAUGCCCCUUUUUCCCACAUUGCCACCUACAGGAGCAUUUAGCUUUGUCCACAGCUAUCACCAUAGCCAACAUCUUCCUCACCCAUCCAGUCUCUCCUGGAGAUGGUGA